GCGUGAUCGCGGCCGCCGCGACACCUUUGACCCUCCAGCAUCGGCGUGACUGGCGGCGCUUAUUCUGCUCUCACAAUGAGAUUUUUUCCCCCCAAUUUCAGCUUAAUUCAGAGCCGCAGACGGGGAGGGAUUGGCUGCGACAAUUAGCAAAUGGCUCGAUUUGCAUAUUCCUAAUCACUUUAUUUUGAUUAAAAUAGCUGCAGAGCUCGCGCGAGGAAACCCUCUCAAACCUCCAACCCCGAGCGGCUGGAGCGCCGGCAUCCGUGCGGCGGGAACCUGAACGAGCUCAUCAGCACAAACACCUGGAAGUCAAACAUUUCCAGAGCAGGUUAGCGCUCUCAUUACGGAGCAGAAGAACACCGGGUACUCGCUGCUCUUCCUCACACACGAAAACAAACUGUACUCUCAGUGAAUAUUAACCUCAUUAACCUGAACCCCGCCGACCUGUCGCCCGGAGACUCCACAAACGCACUUUAAUUAUGUUUCACUUUUUGUCAGGAUGUCAGAGAAAUCUGCAGACGUGAUGGACGGCUCUGAAAGAAUUUUCCAUUUGGUGCCGACGUUUAAAAAGAGGAGACAAAAAGGAAAAACACGGUGUUCUCUGUUUAAAUAUUUCACUUCAUUUAGAUUCAGGAUGUUUAGAAAGCAGAGGAUAAUAACAAGUGACUUUAAGUGUGCUGUUUACCAGCAAUUUUAUUUUUUAGGCAUUGUCAAUUUGCUCAUAAAAAAUUCAAGAGGAACGAGUGGAAACUGAAAAUAUUACUUUUUUUUGGAGAAAAGUUGGAGCAUCAGUUAAAAACAAAAUGGAGCCAUCAUCAGUCAUCAUGUGAAGGCAUAAAUAUCAGCUGCUGUUAUUGUCUUCAUGUACGUCUGAGUGUUUGUGUGCCAUCGUGGCAAAAUGACGACCUCCCCCUCCCCCGUCUCUGACAGCUGUUUAUUUUAUCUCUCAGUCUGAGUGUGAGUGGAUGUCACGGCCGCCAUGUUAGCUUGCUGGAGACAGAAGAGCAGGCUGUGCAGGUGCGUCUCACAGCUUGAACGCCGCUGCUGUCUGUGAUGCCCUCCCAUGACGCCGAGGUCGGUAGCUGACACUGCCAGUGAGCGGGAGACGCCACUGCACAACCGGUCCUGGGCCAGCGCCGUCAGCCGGUUCUCGCCCUCCCUCUCACACACUGGAGACUCCACAUCCAACCGCCUACCACUAUCCACAACCAUCUGCUCCGUUCCGCCCCAGUAAGGACCCCCCAACGCCGACACGCUGACGUCCUCGACCACCAGCAGUAGCAGCAGCCAAAAACAAUAUCGUCAACACGAUCAGCAACACCAGCACCAUCAUCAUCACCAGCAGCAGCAGCAGCAGCGGCCGCAAUCAUGUCCAGUCGUAGAAAGUCCUCCACCCCCUGCAUGGUCCGGGUCGUCAGCGACCUGCCUGAUGAACAAGAUGACCCGGAGGAGGUGAUGGACAUGGAAAUAGUGGCAAGCAAAGAUGUGAGAGAAAAUGAACCACCUGAAUCUGCGAAAAAGAGUCAAAACCUCAUGAAGGAUAAUGGAGAUAAUCCAGACCGGAAAUCAUUUCCAAAACACUUAGACAAAGAGCAGCAGUCUGGAUGUGAAGAUCACCCCCCUGUCAUCGAAGAUGUAGAAGCCAGAGGGGGAAAGGACAAAGAAGCGCCAGAAUCCGACCCGGUGUCCCAGAAGAAGCAGGGAAGAGGUUACGAGUGCAAAUACUGCCCGUUUUCGACGCAGAACCUGAAUGACUUCAAAGAGCACGUGGACUCGAGCCAUCCUAACGUCAUUCUAAAUCCACUGUACCUCUGUGCUGUCUGCAACUUCAACACCAAGAAGUUUGACUCGCUCACAGAGCACAACGAGAGCCAGCACCCAGGUGAGACGAACUUCAAGUUCAAGAGGAUAAAAAUGAACAAUCAGACUAUCUUAGAGCAGACAAUCGAAGGCAAGGACAAUUCAGCUGAAUGCGAUGUGACAAAUGAAAAAGGUGAAAGCCACAGCAGCUCUGUGUUUCCACCUUGCAUAUCUACCACAGUGAAAUCUCCGGGUAGUGUGCAUACGCUCUUUGGAGGGAGCGAACUGAAAAGCCAGCUGGACGGUUUGAUCCAGAAGGACCAAAUCACAGCAGUGAACAUCAACGGAACAGUCAUCAUCCCUGAACCCACCAUCGUCCAAGGGCUCUCCCAUGUCACCCCAAUGCUCCAGCGUCCACCCAACUUUAACUCUGUACCAAAAAUAGCCGUUCCCUUGAACACCACCAAAUAUAACCCUUCUUUAGACAACAACCUGACGCUGAUCGCCUCCUUUAAUAAAUUCCCUUACCCAACACAUGCUGAGCUGUCAUGGCUUACAGCUGCCUCCAAGCACCCGGAGGAACAGAUCAAAGUCUGGUUCACUACCCAGCGGCUGAAGCAAGGUAUCACUUGGUCCCCGGAAGAGGUGGAGGAAGCCAGGAAGAAAAUGUUUAAUGGUUCCAUCCCUCCUGCUCAUCACACAUUCACCGUCUUGCCUACAAGCCCCGUCUCUCAGCCGUCUGCCAAAGCCUCACAGCAGCCCAUCGUCCACACGACAGUCGAGCAUCUCGGUCACGUCCGAACGACUGCGCCCAAUGGGCUAACUGUAGUCACCACCACAAACUCCCCGGCAGGCUCUAGCCACUCCCUUAAGCGACCCCUGGCGACACAGCUGUCAACAGUGUUUGGGCCAGAGUCCAAGCGACCCAUCAUGGCAGUGGCGCCCCACUCUGGUGACCCUAAAGACAAGGUCCUAAUGGCUCCUCCCCCACCACCUCCUCCCCCAAAAGGCCGCCUCCCAAUGGCUCCACCUCUUGUUCCCAUGGAGAUGAAAAGACCUGUAGCAGUUCCUCUGGUUACCACAGAGAUGAAGAGGUCAUCCGCUGCUGUGCCUUUAAUGCCACCGCCUCCAUCGUCGUCAUCAUCAUCUUUGUCUUCCAAAGGGAAGAUUCUCUCGGCGUCAGGAAAUCCCAAAACAAAGCCGGUGGUGUCUCUGCCCUCCAUAGUCUUUCCAGAGUCGUUAACAAGGCCAAUGAUUGCCCCCCCACCGAUCUCUGUCCCUCCGUUCAGAAACAGUCUACUUAUUCCCCGUAGCGUGCCCGUCUCUUCCAAAGAAAAACACCCCAGUUCUCACAGUUUGCCAGCUUCUGAUUUAAAUCUGCCGAACUCCCCUCCGCUCAUUACUUCGCAGGUAAGGAGGCCGACAAUUAUCCAGUCCAUCCGUGCUCCGGCUAAAGCCCCAUCCCAGAUUUCAGCGUUCUCCUUGGAUGGCAAGAAAUUAAAAGAGCAGCAAGGAGUGGAGCUGAAAGCCAGCUACCCCAGAGGAGACAAGGUAGUCAGUCCUCUGCCAGAGGCCAAUGGAACGUCUCGAAUGGACAGCAAAUGGCCCUACGAUCAGACCGCUCCUGGUCACAAUAAUGGAAUCAUACAUUUGGACAGUGGGGACAUCCCAGCAGUACCAAAACCAGAUUUUCAACAUAAGUCCUCGGUGCUGACCCAGUUCCCCUUGCUGGAGAGGAUGAAAGGAAAAACGGCAAAACAACUGAAGAUCUUGGAGGAGAACUUCUUGCGGAACAGCUUUCCCACACACAGCGACGUGGAUAAUCUCUCAGCCAUAACCCGCCUGUCUCACCAGGAAAUCGACAGCUGGUUUGCAGAGCGCCGCGCGCUUCGUGACAACCUGGAGCAAGCCCUUCUGAACUCCAUGGGCACUAAAAGGAUGGGCGGCAAUGGCAUUGGUGCCAUCACUGAGAAACAGCUACAUCAGCACCAAGCACUGCAACUUAAUGGGAUUCACAAACCAAGCACCGGUGUAGGCUUCCUUAAAAGCCCUCCACCAACUUCACACCCCCUGUCCAUGAUUGUUCCUGGCACCAUUGCACCUUCCGUCCCCAAUCCGAAUUCCUGCUCAGUGCCUCCAGACGGCCGAUCCCUGGCGCUCCUCAAGGACGAUUUUGCUCAAACUCGGUGGCCUUCCCCUGAGGAGUUCAGCCAGCUGGAGGGUCGGACAGGACUGGCUCGUGGAGAACUGGCCCGCUGGUUCACCGAUAGCCGGCUGCAGAGCGGCAGCAUGGACUUGGCAGAACUUUUUCACAACAAUGGUGUGAAUGGAGGACAGGGGCCGCCUAUGUGUUCCCCUGAAAACGUUCCACCCAGCAUCAUCCAGCGCUGUCAGGAAGGAGCCGUAACAAACAACAACAACAACAGUAAGGUGCUGGAGGUUGAGAUGGGCUGGCUGAUGGACCAGCGCACCAACAGCCUCAACAAUCAACAGCACGAUGAGCUCCAAGACCAGUUUGCUGGCAGACUGAGGCAGCAGAGCGUGGCGGAGCUGAAGAACGGGGGACAGAACGGGGGCGUCCUCGGAGGAGCGCGGGAGGUGUUCGGGACCUGGCUGGAGGACUCGAGGCGAGGGCGGGAGCUGCUCGUGGACAGAGAGAAGAAGAUGGCGGAGGACGCGUCUGGGAGGCUGACCGGAUAAACGGCGUGAAUAAGAUUCGCCUCCAUCGCCUCCGCCACCGCCGCUGCUGCUGGAAACAUAGAAGAGGAGAGAACAUGAAGAACGGAGCAACAAAGAAGAGUUUCUCGAUUAUCCAAUUUUUUUUUCCCUGUUCUUACGUUUUCAGAUUUUUUUGGUUUUUGUUUUUAAUCUCUUGAUUGUCGCAUCCCGGCUCACGCACAACAUCCUCCUCCGUCACGCCGGCAGCGACCUGGAGCGGCCGCGGUGUAGAUGUGACACUCGCACACAAAAGCACGAGUUUGAACACGACAGAGCCGCCGCUGCGCUUUACUGUGGGCUGCACCCAAAUUGAAAUCUGAAGAGUGCGAGGAGAAAUUCAGGGUCACGAUCUGUGAAGAUAAUUGAAAACUCCCCCCACCCACCCCCCACACAUCCCACCUUUACAGUGGAUUUCAAACUGCUGCUUUCAGUUUUACAAUAGUAUUAUAACACAACACCGUCGCACAGGCGUCCUCCAGAGUGCCGUAAACAGUCUGCAGGAGUGACACGGACCCUUUAAAUGUGUUUUGUCUUCAGGGGGACAAAAUUCAAACAUUCCCUCAAAGAAGUGAAGUGGAUCACUUCCACUCCCCCCGAGAAUAAAUCCACAAACGAGCCGGAAAACAAAGCAAGUUUAAGUGAACCGCGACAACAAACAUGCCUGAAAAAUAAGGGACUCGUGUCCCUUUAAACCAAACCUCAGUGGGAUUCGUUUAUUAAUUCCUCAGCGCACGCUUUGGGUGAAUUAAACGAACAAUUAGCAUUUCACUCGUGCAACAUAUCAGGAUUUAUUCCACUCGUUCUUCGUGCUUGUCACAGCCGUCCGUCUGCAUCAUUAUGCAUCUUUAUUUUUCCACCUAAGUCGGAGGAAGUCACCAGAAUGUUUUAUUCAGAGUGUUUUCUCUUUUUUUUUUUAAGUGAUUGUUAAACAUAUUUAUUGAAUCGCCGAGCUGCAGCUGGAGCCUUUAACUGCCAGUUUCCAGCCUUUACGUUCGCUCAGCGCCGCAUUGUGAGACGAGCGAGUCCUUCAGCGCCACAGAAACUUUCUAUAUUUACUUCCUUUUGUUGUUUUUCCACUGGAGUGUGGCGUUGUCAGCAGCGCCGUAUUAAAAGCUGCUUUGGUCGGCGUGACGGCACACAAGGCUUUGUUCACGCGCAAGUGGACGAGUUUAUUCAUGUUUUCCAUUUUCCUCAGAUUGGUUGGUGCGUGUGAAAUGAUUCACCGGCUAAACGAACGCUACGUGAUUCAGUCUGAGUGCUGAGGAAAGUCUGAGGGAAUUUUUUAUCCAAUGUUAGAAAUUAAAAGAAAACAUUUUUCUGUUAAUCGAGCCCCAACAUACACGUUAAAUUUAUAAAAGUUAGACUUCAGUGGAUCCUUCUCAUGUCGCUUUUUCAUUAACAACACCUCUGAAAUAUGUUCAUGAGUUUAACCUUGAGGAACUGUUUUGUCCAAUCAAAUGGCCUGUUACUUCACUUCCUCCUGGCUUUAGGUGAAUCACCUCUGUUACAAACUAUAAAGACUUUAGUUUUUAUUCUUGGACUCUACAGCUCCUCCCCUUUAAGGGAAAGUCCUCCUGAUUGGCUGCUCCUUAUAGCGGGAAAUGCUAAGAUGGGCAGGAUUGUCUCCUUUCUAUGACAUCACACAGACACAAGGGUAGAAAAACCUGUUCGGUGUUAUUCAUAUAGCACCAAAUUACAAUAACCGUCCCCUUGUAAAGACCUACAGUACCACAGAGAAACCCCAACAAUCAGACGACCCCCUGUGAGCAAAACCUUCCUUUUAACAGGAAGAAACCUCCAGCAGAACCAGGUUCAGGGAGGGGCGGGGCCACCUGUCGCGUCGGAGUUAAAGGCGGGACCGAUGGGCGUGGCCGAGGCGGUGUUGUGUGUGACCGGUGUUGCCGUGGAGAUGAACCGGAGCACUGAAUGUGUGCCUGCAGCAGCAGACAGGGUGGAUUUAAAACAAACAAACAAACAAGAAAAAAAACCGAACAAAAACGCCGAGUGCCAAAGCUGGGAUCUGCUGCAUUCUCACUACACUUUCAAAAAAUAAGGGUUCUCCUUCGUGUCGUUGUAAAUAGGAUAUAUAUGUUUGUUUGUUUGUUUGUUUUUCCUGUAUUGCUACAGAUUUGUAAAAUUUUGCGGGAAAAAUUUUGUUACAUUUUGUAAAAUGGGAGCAACUCGUCCCCCCAAAGUCCUCCUGGUUUCCUUUUUCCUUAAAAAAACCCUCUCUCAGCUUUUUUUUUUUUUUUUUGGUUUAUUUUUGUUGGACUUUUUAAAAAACAUCUAGUGCCAGCAGUGUGUGCGUGAACAGUUUUCCUUUUUUUGUUCUUCGUGGGGUUUUUUUGCUCUUUCUUUUCCCAUCUCUCUCUCCUCUUUUUGUACUGAACCAGAGUGGAACCACUACAAAAAAAGGAAAAACAAGGAAAAGAAAAAAAAAAGACGGACCAGUUGGCAAUACUUCAGUCACUUCUUCAUCUCACCGGCACUGGACUUCCGCCCGCCACUUCCCCGCUGAGAGGAGAGGUGGGAGGGAGAGGAGGGAGGAAGAGGGGGGACUUCGCUUCACAUCAAAUCAGAUUUAAAAAACAAAACAGAGAAAAAAAAAGCACCUUUGGACCUUUUUCCUUUUUUUUACUGUGCUGAAGUGAAGUCAAGUGCUAUUAUUAUGUUAUUAUUAUUAUUAUCAUUAUUAUUAUUGUAGCCACUCUGUCUGGAACCCUUUUUUGAAGAAAAGCAAAGGAAAAAAAACAAAAAGAAACUUAAGCCAAUCUGCACUUCUCGUUCCGACGAACAUGCUUGUAUGACCAAGUGACUGUCGUGGAUCUUUGUUUUCAAACCCGAUAAGGAACAAACUGAGUAUAAAAACAAAAAAAACAGUCGAGAGACUCGAAACGGUGGCAAACGCAGAAGGAUUCAACGGUAACGAUCACGCAACUUACAAACUCGACAGUAAAAACCUGCAAUCAAGACUCACGCUGCCUGAAUCAUACUUUGAUCUUUCUCUGUUUCUAUCCCUCCUUCUUUUCUUCGUCUCUCUCGUCUCUCCUCGCUUUCUUUCAUUUUUCACCGUUUUCCUUCGUUUUUCUCUCCCUCUCUCUCUUUGUCGUCCUGCACACCAUCAUACACACCUGUAAUAAACAAAAACAGACAAAAAAAAGAUAAAUAGCCUUUUAUUCGAUACAUUACUACAUGUUGGCUUGGUAGGAUUAGUUGAAACUAGUUCCAUUCCUACAAAAAAGAAUAAUAGUAAAAAACAAAAUAUGAGCUUCUUUAUGUAUUGCUUCUGCCGCUGUAGUGUCCUGGUCAGAUUUAAAGAUGAUAAGACUACAUAUAUCUGAAAUACUGUAUUUACAAAUGCAUACCAGGGCUGGCCUCAACGACACGACGGCAGGGGGAGGUUUCCGACUCCGUCCGCAGGGCGGCCGGUCGAGUGGGCGGGGGUUUGCCGCGUAGCUCCGACCGCUCGUCCGAGGUGGUUAAAAAUGCUUCUUUGUUUGCUCGAAGUCUUCGCAGUUCUUUAAACUUGUAGCGUUCAGCAUCACUGAAGCUCUCGCCGCACAGCUGCAGGGCCUAACGGGAGCGCUGGCAGCGCGGCGGAGAGCGCCUCCUGGUGGACGCUCAGCCUUAGCAUGCUUCCAAGAGAGUUUUAUUUUUGCAAGUGUAUAGUUUUAAUUGAAUAUUUUUCUGAUGAAUGAUUGAAUGUAAUUGCUUUGGGGAGGAAAGUGGGUUUACUGUCUGAAUGUUGAAAGAGGAGGGAACCGAGCACACUGGCACCAAAGCAAAGGCGGUCCUGCAGAAGUUAAACAUGAUCGUGUGCGAACUAAAUUUGCUCGAGCACUGCUUAAAAAAACAGAAGGCUUCCGCUAGCCCAGACCGGUGCCUCGCGCAAACCUUUGGCCUCAGUGACGUUUCACAAGGCACAAGUUCUACUGUAGUCUACUUUCAGCUCUAUUAAGCUGUUUUAUUUUGUUGAUUAAAAUAUUUUUGGCCAACUUUUCUACAUAAAUUUGCACUUUUUACCUUCAAAGGGACGAGGAGUUCUGGAGCGAUCUGGUCCCAUCUGUUUUUAUGUGAAUGUGUAAAAUGCUAAAACCAAGGAUCAAAAUAGCCGUUAGCUAAAUCACAAACUUGUGCUAAUUACACUCGUUAAUUUUCUCACUGAUUGACAAAAAAAAAUCUAAAUGUAGUUCACUACGAGUACCAAAGUACCAGGAUGGUGUUGCUUGUAACGGAAAUCAGGACCACCAGUAAUUUUGCUGCAGCUUGCACAACAAUCAUGGCUCAGUUAUGCAGUUUGAUUUAGAAAAAAUUCCCCAUAAAAAAUUAAAGCACCUCUAAAAUAAGCCUUAAAAAGCCUCUGAAGCUAACUGACGGCUUGUAGGUUAGCGUUCUUAAAGAGGUUUGUCUCAAAUUUAUGCUUGUUUAUUUUUAGCGCACGCUGACGAGUGGAGGUGUGCAGCACCCAGGUGGCUUGUAAAUGUACGUAAUCGACAAUCACGGUUAAUUGUUGCAAUCGUCAUUUCCUGUGAGUGUAAACUCGGAGAAAACUUCCCCGGUCUGAUGUGCCCACAGCGAGGGGACAAAGAAACCACGCGAAGCAGCGCGCAGUGCGACCAGUGUGCUCCGUCCUUCCUUCGUUCCGUUUAAACUUGCUCCGUUGUAUCGUGGCGAGCGCCUGGUUUCCUCACAAAGCUUUUUAUGCUGAGACUGACUCGAGGCUGAACUCCUUUACCUUCCCUGAAGUUCGCUCUGAUGAUGGCUCUGUUGUUUUCUGUUUACCAAGCACAAAAGUUAAAGAGCAAUGCAAUCUUCUGGUUUUCUUUGAUAUAUAUCAUCAAGUCUCUGAAAUAUUGAUAUUGCGUCAAAGUUUCAGAACUGGAUUUUCUGAACUAGACUCUGGACUUUAAGCACGUCAUUCCUGCUAUCAGAGCAAAUCUGCGCUCUGAUCCAGAGACCGUUGUCGAGCAAACUUCAAGGGUGUUUAUCCGUCCUCAGUCUCCAGCUGUCCUCAGUUUUGAAAUUCAAAUCACUGCUUGGAUAUUUUGUCAGAAGUGUCACAUGUGAACCAAGAAUGAAAAUGUAGAAAACAGAGGCUGGAGAAAGCUGAUAUCUUCUUCAUUUUACUGCUUUUUUAGCUCACUUCAGAAGCUCAGAGAAGGAAUUUUAUGAUGCGAGACAAUCAAGACGUGACUUCUGCAAAAGUAUUUUAGUUUUAGAGAAAACUUCCGCUGUUCGACAAGUUGAAUCAGUUCCUGGAAGUUUUGUGUAUGCAAAUCAUCAAACUCACUGCAUUCUUUCAAGCUGUGUUUUUAAAUCUUGGUUCACGUGUGAAAAGAAGUCAAAUGAAAGAGGAUAAGUGCUCAAACGCUCCAGCAAAAAACGUUAAAAAUGCACAAAAAAGUUUAAUCGACCGAGAAAAAAAGACUUUACAAAGCCAAGCAUCACUUUUGGGAAAACCAGGUGCUCUGAUUGUGUUUUUAAGGGGAGUUGAGGCCAGCCCUGCUUCAUAACUGAGGUUCUGCUUCUUCUACUACUGCUACUAUCAAACAACAACCCUGGGCACAAAAACAGGCCUGAACACUUUCAAAUCCUCCAGCACUCGAGGCGCGUUCGAUUUUUAACUUCACAUACCAGCAUCUUUGAACCCAAACUGAUUUGGAGCACCAGCUUGUUUUUGUUUCGUCCUCGACGCCACAAAGACGCUUCCCUUACCGAGCCUGCGGCCCAAAAGCGAGCUCGUCCUGACUCAGCUGGGUCCGCCAGCGGCGUCUCUGGGGUCCGUCGGGUUAAAAGAAAAUAAGAGCCAUGGAUAUUUGUUUUUGCGUUGUUUGAAAAGCAUUCGAGCUCUGUUUCUGUCGCCCAGGCCAGCAAAACAACCUGUUGAUGUCUGCUGUAUUUCAAUAAAACACAGCCUUUUUCAAAGGGUACACCCUG